CCCCUCAUUCUCUCUUUCCCUUCAUUCCCAAGAGGCAUCAAAAAAUUCAAGAAAAUGGCAAUGUCUUCUUCUAGUGUGAGUUUCAUGGCACUUCUCAUUGCGAGUGUUUUAUUAUCGGGUAAGGUCGUCGUGCCCACUUUGGGUAAGACCUACACCGUCGGCGACUCCACCGGCUGGGGACUCGGCGGAGAUUAUGCAACCUGGGCCAGUGACAAGACUUUCAAAGUUGGCGAUUCACUCGUGUUCAAUUACCAAGGGGGCGGGCACACGGUGGACGAAGUGAGCGAGAGCGACUACAAAUCCUGCGCCGCCGCAAAUUCGAUCAGCUCCGACAGCAGCGGCGCCACCACCGUCCAGCUCAAGACCGCCGGAAAGCACUUCUUCAUAUGCUCUUCCACGGGCCACUGCGGCCAGGGGAUGAAGCUCGAGGUCAACGUUGUCAGGGACUCCGGUUCAUCCUCCUCCUCCUCGGCCACCACUCCGUCUUCCCCUGCCGCCUCUAGCGCCACCCCUGCGGCCUCUGGCGCCCCCCCUGAUCCGCCGUCUACGACGACUCCCAGUAAGAAAUUGCCUUCUUCUUCAUCGGCUGUCGCCGUUUCUCUGCCGUUAGCGCCGUUAUUAUUGGCGGCGAUGAAUUUGGUGGCGGUAAUGAUAUAAUUGGGUUCCCUUUAGUGAGUCAUGUUAGAAACUACUCCCUCAAUUCCGGAAUAAAUGUCUAUACUCUAUAUUAAAGAUUAUUAGAUAUAUUAAAUUUUGAAUGACUAUAGACUUAAAUAUGUCUAUGUUCAUUUAAAAUCUUAUACAUCUAAUAAAUCAUAAUAGACAGUUAUUAUGGAAUGAAAAAAAUAAUUAUACUUGAUUCUACCGAUCACAAUUAUCUGUGAAUUUGUCCAUACGCAAAUGAUAAUCGUCUAUAAACAUACAAUGUUUCUAGACAAUUAACGUCAAUUUGUGUAUAAGUUCACAAACGAUUGUCGUAUCUGAAGUAUCGAUUGUAAUACUAAGUUUCUAGCAUUUUUGCCAGCUUUUAUUUGUGUGAGCCAGGAUAGAGGCAGUGCAUUUGCUUCUUCUUCUUCUUAUUCUCUUUAUGUACUUUCAUUUGUUUUCAAAUUAUUCCAUUGCAUUUGCUACCCAGUUAUGUUGUGCUACUAUUGUUGAAUUUCUUUUUGUACCUUUAUGGAGUGUGAUUUGGUUACAAGUUCUUUUUGUGUGUGUGUGUAUGAAGUUUUAUUGUAUCUUGCAAUUUAAGAUUAUU